AUGCUCUUAACCAACACGAUAAAGUUUUCACCGCCCAGGACUGGGGAGUCUCUAAAGCCAGGGACUGGAGAGCACUGCCCUAAGCCAGGGACUGGAGAGCACUGCCCUAAGUCAGGGACUGGAGAGCACUGCCCUAAGUCAGGGACUGGAGACCACUCCCCUAAGCCAGGGACUGGAGAGCAUUGCCCUAAGCCAGGGACUGGAGACCACUGCCCUAAGCCAGGGACUGGAGACCACUCCCCUAAGCCAGGGACUGGAGACCACUCCCCUAAGCCAGGGACUGGAGACCACUCCCCUAAGGCAGGGUCUGGAGAGCAUUGCCCUAAGCCAGGGACUGGAGACCACUGCCCUAAGCCAGGGACUGGAGAGCCCUGCCCUAAGCCAGGGACUGGAGACCACUGCCCUAAGCCAGGGAUUAGAGACCACUGUCCUAAGCCAGGGACUGGAGACCACUGCCCUAAGCCAGGGACUGGAGAGCACUCCCCUAAGCCAGGGACUGGAGAGCACUGCCCUAAGCCAGGGACUGGAGAGCACUGCCCUAAGCCAGGACUGGAGAGCACUGCCCUAACCCAGGGACUGGAGAGCACUGCCCUAAGCCAGGGACUGGAGAGCACUGCCCUAAGCCAGGGACUGGAGACCACUGCCCUAAGCCAGGGACUGGAGACCACUGCCCUAAGCCAGGGACUGGAGACCACUGCCCUAAGCCAGGGACUGGAGAGCACUCCCUUAAUCCAGGGACUGGAGACCACUGCCCUAAGCCAGGGACUGGAGACCACUGCCCUAAGCCAGGGACUGGAGACCACUGCCCUAAGCCAGGGACUGGAGACCACUGCCCUAAGCCAGGGACUGGAGAGCACUCCCCUAAGCCAGGGACUGGAGAGCACUGCCCUAAGCCAGGGACUGGAGAGCACUGCCCUAAGCCAGGGACUGGAGACCACUGCCCUAAGCCAGGGACUGGAGACCACUGCCCUAAGCAAGGGACUGGAGAGCACUGCCCUAAGCCAGGGACUGGAGAGCACUGCCCUAAGCCAGGGACUGAAGAGCACUGCCCUAAGCCAGGGACUGGAGAGCACUCCCCUAAGCCAGGGACUGGAGAGCACUGCCCUAAGCCAGGGACUGGAGAGCACUGCCCUAAGCCAGGGACUGGAGAGCACUGCCCUAAGCCAGGGACUGGAGAGCACUCCCCUAAGCCAGGGACUGGAGAGCACUGCCCUAAGCCAGGGACUGGAGAGCACUGCCCUAAGCCAGGGACUGGAGAGCACUCCCCUAAGCCAGGGACUGGAGAGCACUGCCCUAAGCAAGGGACUGAAGAGCACUGCCCUAAGCAAGGGACUGGAGAGCACUCCCCUAUGCCAGGGACUGGAGAGCACUGCCCUAAGCCAGGGACUGGAGAGCACUGCCCUAAGCCAGGGACUGGAGACCACUACCCUAAGCCAGGGACUGGAGAGCACUGCCCUAAACCAGGGACUGAAGAGCACUGCCCUAAGCCAGGGACUGGAGACCACUACCCUAAGCCAGGGACUGGAGAGCACUGCCCUAAGCCAGGGACUGGAGAGCACUGCCCUAAGCCAGGGGCUGGAGAGCACUGCCCUAAGCCAGGGACUGGAGAGCACUGCCCUAAGCCAGGGACUGGAGAGCACUGCCCUAAGCCAGGGACUGGAGAGCACUGCCCUAAACCAGGGACUGGAGACCACUCCCCCUAAGCCAGGGGCCGGACUUGCUACACACCGCUAA